AGAUUUCGUUCAUUCGUUGAUGAAAAAGCACUAAAGGACGAAAUAGAACAGGCUGGGCUAAUCCGAGGUCUUAACAACUAUAUCAAAGUUGCCGUACCAAAAUGGGAGACAAGGCAGCUAAACGUCGCUGUAUCUGGAGGAAGUGGUACGGGGAAGUCAAGCUUGAUCAAUGCUUUGAGGAAUAUUAGCGAUGAUGACGAAUGUGCUGCUAGUGUCGGUGUUGUGGAAACAACUCAUGAAGUAAAAGAGUAUUCGUAUGAAGAAAGUAACUCUGUCAAGCUAUAUGAUUUACCAGGAGCUGGCACAUCUACCUUUCCUAAGCUUGAAUACUUGGACAAAGUUUGCAUUACUCAGUUUGAUGUAGUUAUAAUUGUAUGUGCUACCCGAUUUUUGGAAAAUGAUGUAUGGCUUGCAGAACAGUGCUUGGCUCUCGACCAAAACGUUUUGUUCGUGCGCACAAAAAUAGAUAUUGAUAUCAUGAAUGAAAAAAGAAAGUCCGAUUUCAACGAGGAAAACUGUUUACAAUCAAUCAAGAAGGACACCGAACGAUUAAUUAAAGCAGAAACGAUAAAAGCGGAAGGAUGUAAAUUCUUUUUGGUAUCUUGUGUUGAAAAAACUAAAUAUGAAUUUAAGAAGCUAAAUGAAGUGUUAGUAAAUCUGUUAAGCAAUAGGGGUGUAGUUAUAGCAGGCUGUAUCGAAGAAAUGUUAAAAGAAUCUAUUAUUGCUAAAGAAAUAAGACAUAAGGAAGGUUAUUUUGGAAGGAAAAUAGCGUCAUCUCUAAUUGGAUUUCUUCCAAUACCAUUCCUUGAGAGUCUUCUGGAUCCAUUAUCUAUAUCAAAGAUACGCGAAUACUGUAUGGAAGACUUUGGAAUCAACACACAUUUGCUUGAAGAAUUGUUAGACGAUAAGGUUAUAACUUCCAAAGAUAUGGAAAGCAUGCGCACAUACAAAAAUAAAGAUGGGGAUACCCUAUAUGAAACCGCUGAAGAAAAAUUGACAUUUUUGCAAAAGUAUUCAAAAUAUGUCUUUCCAGUUUUUGGUAGUGUAUACUCUGCUUUUAAAUCCUACCGUAACAUGAAAGAAUGUGUGAAUGAAGUAACCAAUGAUACGAUAGAAGAUGAAAAAUUCCUUGUGAAAAAAAUGCUUCAACUCCUGAAAGAAAGCCUUAAGCCUAUACAUAAGUAA